GCCAUGAUAGUGUGGACUCCCUCAGCCGUCAGUCUCGGAACAAUAGAAAUAUUUCUGAACAAGAGUCAACAGGAAACGUUCCCCGGCCAAUAUAUUAUCCACAUUUUUCAAAACUUUAAACAUGGCAUUUAAAAGCUGGACCUCGCUGCCUACCGUCAAAGCCGAGAAUGACGAGGAGGAGUUAGUCGAUCCGCAAGCAGCCCUUAGGGAGAAAUGCCAAGCUAAAGGUCACAUUGAUUCCCUUUACAAAAAGUAUCAAGAGUGCAAUGAUCGCGUAAACGGCAAAUCCAAAACAACUGAGACGUGCAUGGAGGAGUUAUUCGACUUCGUUGCCGAAUUGGACCAUUGCGUGGCCCACAGUCUUUUCAAAAAGCUAAAGUAACUAAAUGCACUGCGCGAAAAUUAAAUUAGCAAUUAAAUAAACAAGCAUAUAUAAUAGAACAAAAA